AUGUCCAACCAGCCUGCAGACGGGUACGACUCAGACGAGGACGUCGAGUUCGAGGAUGUCCCAAUCCAGCCCCAGCGGCACAGCUCCGCAGAUCUAUUGGACAGGCCAUCCGAACAUGCCGGCCCCGUAUCCAUGAUCAUACCAUGGGCUCCGGCCCUGAACAUCCCGCCACAGCGCGAGGCCCCUCUCGCCCCAGGCUCUAACGCAGAGAUGCAGCUCCGUGGCCGCUUGAGCGCGGGUAUCGACCGGAUCAACUCCCGCCACAUGAAGUUCCAGCUGGGCGUGGAUGGCCGCUACACCGGCAUCCAGCAACUGGCGGAUGACAUCGAGGGCAUAGCCGAUAUGCUCUGGGAGUCGGCGACUCCCACAAUCCAAGUCGAAGGCCUGAUCAGUCUGGCCGGCCUCUUGGAACGGAACCUGCGGUCGUACCCGUUCGACCCGCAGCCGACCCUGACCAUCCUCAACAAGCUGGACUACUAUCUCACCGCACUCAUGCAAGGCGAGCACCCGGAGUCAAACGUGCGCCUGCCAGGCGCAGACGCUGACCGUCCUUUGGUCACACCGACUCAGAGGGUGCGCAUCCGCAGCAUCGCUGAGACGACCCGCACCAGUCUCUUCUCUGUCAUGCCCCAGGAUGAUGAUGAGGAUGAGGGCGAGGGCGAGGGCGAGACUGGGGAUGACGAUCAAGAGGAGCCUGAGAUGCCGGGAUGGAUGAUGCAGGCGUCGCGAGUUUAUGAGCGGGUGUUGAUGUUGUUGGGGGAUCUGGGGGAUCCGAAUGAGACGGGGGAGUUUUUGACCGAGUAG